AUGGCAGAUCAAGCAGCCGUCGAGCGAUCUCGUGAGACAGCAGAAGCCUACUGCUGGAUUCGGGAACAAGACCGCGCGUAUGACAAGGUAGUCUGGCAGCGAGAAGUGGAAGCCGAGAUGCAAAACUUGCGCGAUGAGAACCAGAUGCUCCUGAAGAAGGAGAAAAAACAGGCCCUUCAAAUGCAGAUGUUACGGUGCGAACUGGUGACAGUCAGAGCGAAGGUCGAGAGCGAAGUCGAGAUGAUCACUCUGGAUGAGCACCAUCGUCUUCUCGAAGAGCAGCGCAGGGCAUUCCUCGCGGAAGCCUGUGUUGAGCACGAGAGGCUGAUGGUUGAGCAGCGAGGUGUGUUGGUCGCCGAAGCUACCGAGCGGCACCACCUUCUGUUGCGGCAACACCUUCUGUUGCGGCAACAUCAGAGUGUUCUGAUUGACGAAGCGGAAGCUCGCCAUCAGAGAGUGAUGGCAACCGUCGUCAACAAUGCCGGAGUUGAACAUAUGCAGAUCGACCCCAUGGAGACCGACUCCAUGGAAACCGACCCCCUUGCUGUGGAUCAGGUAAUGGUUGAGCCUGAGCAGCCAAAUAUCCAGCUUGAUGCUUUACAGCGUCGACUGGAUAAUCAAGGCGCCCUGCUUGCCAGAGCCGAGGAGAAGCUCAAGGGACGUGACGAGGCUAUGGAGGCAAGCCGAAAGGCAUGCCAGGCACUUAGCCUAGAGGUCAAGGGUCUGUAUGAGGAACUCCAGGAGCAGCGAGAGGCGCAUAUGGCUGAUACCGCCGCCAUCCACGCCCAUUAUGCGCAAAAGAUGGUGGACCUGGAUUUCAGUCUGGCUUUCGAGAAAGUGAAGGAUAUUCCUCCGGAUGAUGACGACGAUUUUAAGGACGAUGGCCGCAAGAAGGCCAGCGAUGACGAUCUCGCGAACAUCACAUGA